UUCUAGUAUAGAUUCUAACUUUAAUAACGAUGCAUCGCGUUAUGACAUUUUAUUUUUAACAUCUCUUCCGCUCAUUCUUUUCUACUGCUUCGUUUACUGCACGCAUGGGAUCGGACAAUUUCGCAUUGUUGUCGAUUGAUUUUUCGGGCGUUUCACCCAUCUUCUAAUGUUAGUUUGAAUACAUUUGCAUUAAGAUAAUCUUCCUAUUAGAACUUUAUCAAUGUCAUAGUUCAAUUCAUUUUAAUAUUGUACGUCCCUUAAAAUAGUCAGCUUUAAAGUACGAUAGAUAAUUGUUAUCUGAGAUUAUAUUUAUUAGCAGUUGAUUACGUAGGUAUCAGAGUACGUCCGCUGAUCGAGUAAUUGAAUUUCAAAUCAAUGACGAACUGACAGCCUAGCAUAGUCAUAUUUAUUUUAUUUAAUCGCACAGUUUGACAGUGACACGCUGCAAGUCACGUGCAGCCACCCCUCUUUUGGGUAUCGAGUCUUUCACGAUUGGUUGUUUCAUCUCAUCGUCGUACAUUAUGGCGUCGCAUCUCUUUUAGAACACGGUAGAGGUCGUCGCCCGUUGUACAACUGUGAAGUCGUAAAACUGUAGGGUUGUUAAAUGUAUUCAACUAAAUCGAAAAAAUAAUACGGCAUAAACCGUGUCGGCGUGUUGCAAAAUAAUCACACGUUUCGCGUUAAUAUAAAAUGCUUUAUUCAUAUUAAAAAUAAUUGCUUGUUCCGUAGUUACUUGAAGUGAUAAGAUUGCGGUUAUAUUUGGGGUGCAUUGCAUGGGGAUUAAUCGGAAAUACCGGCAGCAAUAACUAAAGCGUAUAUAAAGCAGAAACCGGCGUCGUGGCUUUAUUUUACUCGGCUAAAUUAACUGCAUCGUCGCGCAUCAAUAAUGGAGUAGUUUUUUAAGGUAGCGAUGAUAAACGAAAUUACUACGUGAAGUGUUACCUUGACUGAUAACAAUAAUAACGUCGCGCGAUACAUAACUUUGUAACGCAUUAGAAUCGACUGGUGAGACAUAAAGGAGCGAUAAUGAUUGUUCGACGAAAGUCGUCGCACAGCUGCAAUUGUCCGUGCCAUCAGCAUUGCUCAACGAAAUGUGCAGAAGAUGUCGAGAGUAUGACUGGAGAAAUUGAGAAUGGAGAUUUAGCAAUCCGGGAUGUUGCAGAUCUUCUACAAUCGCAGUACGCUAUUAUAACAGGGGGAAAAACUCGAGAAGGAUGUCCUAUAAUUACUUUUCCUGAUAAUGGUAACUUCCACAACUUAUCAGACUUGGAUUACCAACGUCUUAUGCUAUACCUUACGUCUGUGCCAACAUUACAAGAAGCUGAUCUUGGAUUCCAUUUGAUAAUUGAUAGGAGAAAUGACAAAUGGAAUUCUGUUAAAACUGUACUGUUAAAAAUCUCCGGCUUUUUUCCUGGUUUGGUCCAUGUUGCAUAUGUCGUACGUCCAGCGGGAUUUUUUCAAAAGGCUAUUUCAGAAGUGUCUAACAAAUUAUUUCGAGAAGACUUUAAGUUCAGAGUUAUAUUCUUAGCGAACAUUAUUGAACUUCAUGAAUUUAUAGAUAAAGAUCAGUUGACCGAGCAGCUAGGCGGUACUUUGCCAUAUUGUCAUCAUACCUGGAUACAAAACAGAAUUAGUUUAGAAAAGUUUUCAUCAAUGACUCAAGACGUGUCUCUCGCAUUGGACUCCUUUACACGGCGUUUAGCCGAAAAUGAAUUUCCUAACAAUACAGUUGCAACCACAUCUUUAUUGUCUCAACAACAAGUGGAAUAUAACGAAUUAAAAGAAGAAAUUGUAAGUGCUGCAAGACAUGGCGAAGCUCUGUUGGACAGUGUAAGGCAAUUAACUGGCAAAGGGACUGCUGAUAGAUUAGGAAACGUUGCAGCUAUAGAAAGACUACUUGUCCAACUGGAAGAAACAGAACGUACUUUCGACUUAUUUUGGUCACACCAUAGCUCUCGUUUGAAACACUGCUUAGCGUUAAGACAAUUUGAAGCCGAUUUCAGAGAGUUACAGGCAAUAUUGGACCAACAUUUGAAAACCGUAGAAGAAAUGACGGAAGUAGGAGAGACUCAAGCAAGGAUCGAUCAACUGCUUUGCGACACAUCGGCAUUUCAAAGAAUAUGUAAAGGAGAUAUAGAACGAGCAGAGGAAGUGAUAUCCGCUGGUCACCAACUUUUGUCCGGGAGGCACCAAUGUCCUACUGAUGUCGUGGAACCAAAAUGCGUGGAGUUACAGAGAAUUUGUACUAUCUUAGGUCAGAGAUUGGAGAGGCGAUUAGUCAUGUUAACGAAGUGCAGAGAACUCAUGGAACGUAUAGACAAGGCAAAUGCAUGGUGUACGCGCGGGAUAGAGUUACUUGCGUCGCAAAAUAAUACGACACCACCGGACCAAGCACUUCCAGAGUUGCAAGAUUUUACAGAAGCUGCCGAAGUAUUCCAUCACAUGUUUCAAGAUUCUGUAAUGCCCGAAACGAAGGCUCUAAUUAGUCAAGUACAGCAAAGAAUAGAAGAUGUGUCUUUAAUGUGUGAUAAAAGGAUAAUGACGCUGAAACAGCAAUUGAUUAAACCAACGAGACCAAUUCAAACUGUAACACCUGAACCAGUUAAACCGUUGCAAACACUGCCUCAAAUUGUUAAACCUGGAAGAGUUCUCAAAAAGGCUAACACUAUGCCUAAGAUGGAGAUGAUACCGAUGGAAGGAGAAUCUUCGUCACCGGAAAGCGAGUCUAAAGAUAUAGACGCUUUACGCUUAAAACGUGGACACGUUUUAACGGAGCUUGUUGAAACUGAACGAAUUUACGUUGCCGAGCUAGGUUCCAUAAUUAAAGGAUACAAGAUGGAAUUAACGAAUGAGUCAAUGGCUCACUUGGUACCGGCAGCGUUAGUAGGCAAAGGGGAUAUCUUAUUUGGAAAUUUAGAAGAUAUAUACAUUUUCCAUGGCGAAACGUUUUUAAGAGAUUUAGAAAAUUGUAUUUCGAAUACCGAGCUUGUUGCGUUAUGUUUUGUACAAAGACGCGAAGUGUUCUUUAGAUUGUAUAGUUAUUAUUGCCAGAAUAUUUCGAGGUCCGAGAGAUUGCGAGAGGAGAUACAAAACGAGCCACAGUUUCUUGCAACUUGUCAGCAAAAGCUUGGCCACAAAUUACCUCUUGCUGCUUACCUUUUAAAACCUGUACAACGUAUAACGAAGUACCAAUUGUUAUUGAAAGAUCUUUUAAAGUGUAGCGAUGAGCCGUCAUGUUGCACUGAAUUGCAAGAAGCAUUAGAUUGCAUGCUUGUUGUGUUAAAAUGCGUCAACGACAGUAUGCAUCAGACUGCAAUUACCGGAUUUGGUGGAGAUCUAAAUGCGCAAGGUGAACUUUUAUUACAAGGCUCGUUCAGUGUAUGGAGCAGCAGUAAGCGAGAACGGCUCCUCAGGUUAAAGCCAUCGCAACGCCAUAUAUUCUUAUACGAGAAGGCUCUUAUAUUUUGUAAACAUAGUAAACCUCAGGCUCACAACAAAGCUACAUACCACUUUAAAAGAUACUUAAAAAUGUCACAAAUAGGACUAACAGAAUCUGUAAAAGGUGAUGCGAGACGUUUUGAGAUUUGGCUACAAGGGCGGGCUGAAGUGCAUACGAUUCAAGCGACUACGGUUGAUGUUAAACAGUCGUGGGUGCGGCAAAUUAAAGGAGUGUUGAUGUUGCAACUGGCCGAACUCAAAGGGAAACAAAAUUCUGUUCUUGGAAAAACGAAUCACAAACCGCUGCGGCAAACGAUUUCAUGGGAGGCUCAAGGCAGCAUUUCUGGAUCUUUAAGAACUCUUUCAAUGGACGGUAGUAGCGUUGUAUCUCAUAUUACGGAUGUCUCGCAGUCAACUGAAGACGACGUCGCGUGGAGUUCGGAAAAUAGCAAUACCGACGACGAGGACGCUUUCAGUGAAAAUCCUGGCCCUGCCCCAGGUGGAAGAUACGUAGCAUUAGCUGAUUAUUGUGCAGUUGGUCAGUCAGAAGUUACGAUGCGCGAAGGCGACAAUUUAGAACUUCUUAAAGUCGGUUGUGCUGGUUGGUGGUUUGUAAAAUUGAUAGGUACUGGAAUAGAAGGAUGGGCGCCGGCGGCUUACUUGGAACCAAUGAAUCGAAAAACGUCGCGCAGCUCGCAAUCAGUGAACAGUCAAGAGACCAUAUGAAACAGGCGUCUAACACACUAGGUUCGCCCGGUGUGUUAGCUUUUAUACACGUUAUAUUGAGAGCAUCAAUUGUUGAACCAUAUAUAGUAUUAGCGAUUAAUAUAUUGAAGGGUUUUUUAAUACGAGGGUACGGAGGGGAUAUAAAAAGAUUUUUGCAUAACGCGUACGAUUGUGCAGCGUAAUGAAAUUUGUUCUGAACUGUAUUAUAUAGCAAUACGUGCUUGAUUAUUAUGAUUGAUAAUAUUAGCGAUAAUAUAUCGAUUUUGUAAGAUGUGAACAAGAUUUUGGAAAUUUUGCAUAAUGUGUAUGAAUGUAUAACGUAACGAAAUUGUUCUAAACUGUAUCAUACAGCAAUAUGUGCUUGAUCAUUACGAUGAACUUCUGAGAUAGAGAGAAACGAUUUACGAUACUGUCCUGAUUACUUGAUCCUUUGAAAAAGGAGUUGAACAAUAAGAAGUCAGGGAAUGAGAAGAGACGCAUGAAUUUUUUACUACAUAAAGUAUAUUAUAAAAAGAAACUUGUUAGAAAGAGUGCUUUAUCCAAGCAAAUAGAAUUUGCAUUUACUACAGAAUAUAAUGUUAACUAGAUUUAUUCUUACAAAGAGAAUAAUAUUUAUAGAAUUGUAUAAAACGUAUUUCGAUAGCAGAUUAAAAAAAAAUCUAUGCACACAGUUAUGCAUAUUUAUGUAUACAUAAUAUGAUUAUUACCAAAAUUUGUAUCCAACAUUGCAUAUUCCAAUAUCGGAAUCUACGCUAAUGACUACAAUGAAAUGCAAUCAUUUUAAUCACAGUUACUACUUCCAUAAGAAUUGCUUAGAGAAAUGGAGGGCUUGCAGUCCAUAUUUGUAUCAUAUUUGACUAUGCGAAGAUAUUCCAAAGUUCUUACUAGAGUCCGUAUAUUUAUGUGAUCCAUUAGCAAUAUUUAUGAUAAGUAAAUUUUAAGUAGUAAAGAUUUUUGUACAGUCACGGAAUGCAAUCAAAUGUAUCUCUGUUAUAUUUA